UAGUAUGUGUGUUAAUGGAAAUAACACAAAAAUCGGAAUUUGAAUAUCGUGAUUUACAGUUUUUAUUUGAUAGUGAAUAAAAUAAAAUGAAUAUAUUAAUGAAGGUGCCAUGCCUAAUAGCGUUUAUAUUCAUUUGCUUCAAAGGAGUUGUUUGCGAAAUUUGUGGCAAUCUUUAUUAUUCACAGCCUGCUUUUAAAGGGAAAAAUGUUACAAUAUCCUUCAAGCCGUUCAAAUUUUCGGCUACUCAAACGCCUACAAUUUUCUACACUAAUGCUGUUACACGAUGGAUAGCUGUUCCAUCAAACGUUUAUAUGUAUAAUGCAACGUUGGGCGUUUUUACCACAGUGUAUCCAAAUAUUCCGAAUUCUGGACACCUAUAUGCAGUAUACGGUGACUGCAGCAGCCAAAGCAUUCGUUUAGAUUUACAAGUGGGGUGUGGUGAUAUUCAUCUUCGAACACCAAAUCCUGUUCUGGGCAAAAAAGUUGAAAUAGCUUAUAAUCCUUCACCGGCGGUGGUUGGGCUCACUGGUGAAUACACUCGUGAGUGGUAUAAUGAAUCAUCAAGAUCUUUAAUGGCCUUGACGGAGGGUCUGUUGACUGAGGAAGAAAUACACAAUGAAGAAUUUGUUUUGACCAUGUAUAACUCCACUCGGUGGACGACGGGAAAUUACAGUGUGAAAUGUAUGAAAAAUACCACUUACAGUCUUCAUACUGAACGUGUCUUUGUUAAGGUGACAGUUCCGCCUGGCCAGCCAUUUCUUCGGUCAAAGAUAAACGUCCAGGAUUGUCCCAAAUGCCUGGUUGUCAUUUUAGGUGCAAAUAUGUACGAACAUGUAUUUUGCAAUACAUCUGGGGGCACACUCCCAUACAUAUACCUCGACGAUGUUAAAUAUAAGGCGUACAGAGAUACCUCCUCGGAGAAUAUUUACAAAAUUUCCCGAAUUAUACGCAAAGAAUAUCAUACGAAGACCGUCACCUGCAGUGUUUUCAAUGCAGCGCUUGAAAAACCGUUAACAACGUCGGCUAAACUCUACGUUGCAGUAAAACCUGAGGUUCCAGUGCUUAACGUACCUAUCUUGCGAGAGGGAAGUCCAGCAAAUAUCACGUGCAUUUCAAGAGGAGGGAGACCCGCCACAAAUUUAAGUCUCUGGUUGGAUGGAGUGAAUUAUUCAGGAGACCAUAUAAAGACUUACGACAACUCGACAAGAACAUAUACAACAAUUUUAACUUUUAACAGCCCUGCCAGAAAAGAUUGGAAUAGAAAUGUUGUGUCUUGCGUAUCAUCUUCACCAUUAUUUGAGACAGCGACACAACAAAAGAUAAUAAAUUGCAAAUAUCCUCCAUCGAAGCUGACAAUGGAUGCACCAAGUAUACCAAGCUAUUUGCAGGACAGCUAUACUCUGAAGUUCAGUUGCUUCAUGGACACAUACAAUGACAAUUGCUUGAUAUCCUGGACAAAAGAUGGCCAACUACUAAACUCAAACGGAGAGGUGACAAACAAAAUACACGACUCAGCUGUAAUGGAGUUUGCGGGUAUCAGUAAAGAAAACAAUGGUCAAACUAUUACCUGCAGCGUCAAUUGCUCCAACUUUGAUGUUCAACUAUCCAAGUCGCAUUCUUUACAAGUACCAUCUUCGACACAAAAAACAUAUGAAACUCCAAAUGAAAGUAAAGAUACGUCAUUGACCAACAGUAACGAUAUACCAAUGGUGCGGAUAGUCAUUGGUUUGAGCGUUAUUAUUGCGGCUGUCAUUAUAUCAACGGUCAUUGUAUUGGCCAGAAAACGAUUUUUAAAGAAGAAUCAACAUGCAAAUUCAAGUGAACCUCAGCCUGUCCAACAUGCCAACGUGCAGGAAAAUGAAACAGUAGGAAUGAACGAAGAGGUUACGUACGCCCAAGUAAACAAAAUCAGGACAAAUAGGACAGAAACAGUGGAGCCAAAAACGAAGGGUUCAGAUACCAACCUGGUUUAUGCAGAUAUUGACAUCGAACAUUUGGAGACAGCCAGCAAACCACCUUCGAGACAGAGGCCGCCAAGUCCGACAGAAUAUGCUGACGUUGAUUUUAUCAGAACAAAACGUGGAUCAAAAAGUGACAAUAUUAUAACCUAAUGUCAGGGAAGAUAAUAAUUCUACAUACGUGCACCGCAUAAGCUGAGUUCUAAAGUUAUCAAAUAUAAAACAUUUUCUAAAAAAUAAAAUUCUUAAUUGAUAUAAGCCAUAAAUCAAUCUGAGAAAUGGCAUUAACAUAUUAUUUACAUCCGAUAAAACAUAAAGACAUGUCCAGGGAGUUCCAGCGAUAUCAAUACCACUGAUAGCAAUCUAUUAAGAAUUUUGAGAUUUCCAAGCAAAUAAUAUGUAUAUACUUGAUUAUACUAAUUUACUUUAGCUCGAUUGUAAAGACGUUGCUUGUUUAACUUGUAAAAAGUAUUCAGUUUUGAUUUAUCUUAAUCAAACUUAUAAAGUAGUUAACUAUUGCUUGAGAAGUCGGUUCCUUUCUUAAAUUCAGCAAGAUCCGCCUUUUCACAACUUGAUUAUGGCCUUUGAAAUUAUAAAAAUUGCUAUUGUUGUGAGGUAAAAAAAAAACAGUCUAAGGGAGGCAACCUGUAUUCAGUGAGUGUAGUUUUUUCACUCCCUUGUCUUUGUUAAAGAGGUGAAAACUACAGUUUAAGAUAGACAACCUGUAUUAAAGAGAGUGCAGUGGGUUUUCUCUCUAACCUUUGUUAAAGAGUGCUGAAUGAUUUUUAGCUUUAUUCGCCAAAUGCCAGAAGAGCUUAUUACGUGGCGUGGUAUCCGUCCGUGUGUCCGUAGACAAUUGCUUCCGAAUGCUAUACGGUGUUUAAUUUUGAUUGUAUCUCAAAAAACUCAUACAUUAGUUAGAUAUCCAUGAGAUCUAGAUUCCUCUCUUAAACCAGCUAGAUUCGCCUAUGCAUGAGUGAAUUCUGGCCCUUGAAAUGCUAUAGCCCUAGCAGAAGUAUUCUCUAAGGGAGGAAAACUGUACAUAGAGGAGUGUAGUAUUGAAAUGAUGAUCUAGUUUUGCCUAUAAUUAGUAUGUACAAUCUUUGGGUAAAAAAAAAACACACAAAAAAUCCCAGACGGUGGAGCAUGGGACAUCAUGGUAUCUUUUUAUACUAUUACUUCAAACAUAUUGGCGCCUUGUAAGAUGUUUUGUCUUUACCAUCUGUGUAAUGAUGUAUUUGUACAGUCUUGUAUUUGUGUAUUCUUGUCUUGUUUUUUUCUCAAUCUGUUUACUGUUGUAACUAUAAAAUAUUCAUUAUAGUUUAUUUUAAUAAAGUUUAUCUAACCAA